AUGUCUAAAAAAUCCCAUUUUACCACCGUGACCGCUCUCCCGGCCGGUAUCACUCGAGAAACAGUCCUGGAGACGCUUCACAAUCAUGUCGCAAUGAUCGAUUUGAAUCCCCUCGUGACGGAACGUCAUCCUAUCAAGCCUCCAUCAGAAGCCACUCCAGAGGAGUACCAUUGCCAAUGGUAUUCCGUCACUGACAAAGUCAACUAUCUACCAGGCGGUCUCUAUUCUGGCAGCGUCACAUUUAACGCCUGUUUCCACGAUCUGCCUGAUGGUCUACAGUCUCACAUCUACGCUCCAAUGGGGCUAAAUAUGAAAGGCAGAUGGACGCUAGGUGGAUCAUUACCAGGAGAGCCAAGACAAGCCGUCGAGAUCGGCUUGGGUGUGCCCAAAACAGGGCUGUGGCUACGAGAAGAUGUCGAAAUGAAAGUCAACGUUGUAAUGGGCGGCUUCGUGAAGAAGACGACGAAGAAGGCACAUUCGACAUUGGUUCGAAGGCUCGUGGAGAAAGCCCACAUCAUCGAUGCGGAAACACACAACACCGGGCUCGCUGAGCAGACGUUUCAAGAUUCUUACCCCCCGGACUACCAUUCUGGCGGUACUCCUGCAGCCGGAAUGCCAUAUCAAGGCAGGAGGUCAAUGCGUUCAGGAAGCGGAACCUGCUCCGAUGAUCAGAGCGUGGUGAGCGGUGGAUCUCACGAUCGAUACUCGUAUGCGAGCAACCCUCAAGUCGCCAACCCGUCUAAUUCGAGCUAUUCGGAUUACAGCCAGAGGCCAGACGCGAAGACGAGCACUUCGUACCCAGGUGUUGCACCGCUCUUUUCUCAACAAUCACAUCCGGCAAAUUUUGCGGUGGAGCUUCCUUCACAAAGGGAGAGCUCACCUAUGGAACUUGAUAGCACGCAACGUUAUCCGUGA